AAACAUCGAAUCGUAGAAAACAAUUUGAUCCUGAUUUUGAAUACGACUAAAAAGUAAUUAUAUAUUUAUUGUUCAUUUCAAUACAUUAUGUUCAUUUACAUUAUGUUCAUUUCAAUACAUUAUGUUCAUUUACAUUAUGCUCAAUUACUAAUUUGAUUUUGUUUUAAUAACAGGAUGUCUAAAAAGGUCAAGCAGCUCGCUAAGGGACUAGCGAGGAGAGCCUCCAUUUUUGGGAGAAAGGAGGACUUAGUGUUCCAGGGCACUAGUUCAAGCUCGAGCAGGCGUAGAGCUUUGUUGGAGCAUGUUCCAGAGUUGCAGGGUCAGGCAGUCGGCGUACAGAGGAAUGAGGAUGAGCCUGAAGAUGAGGAAGAGACAGAGGAGUGGAGACAAGUGGAAGAUGAGGAAGAGACAGGGUGGGGUGAAUGGCCCAAUGAUGGAGGGUCGGGAGUUGGGGGAGCUAGUGGGUCAAGGGAAGGAGAAGCUGGUGUUUCAGGUGGAGGUUCUGGAAGCGGGGGAGUUGGAGGGUCUUCACGGGUCCGGAAGCCGCGGAAGACUAGUUGGGUCCCCCCUCCUAAAGAACCAGUUAACAAGGUUGAGAUAAUCCCGAGUGGAGAUGGGGCUUGGCUGGAUAGUAGUUUCACCGGCAAAGAUCGUGUAAGGCAAGUAAAUUAAGUGUUGGGCAAUAUCUGUCGUAUGAGAUGGCCUGGAUUGGUGAUUGAGAAUGGUAUUGAGGUCCCUGUCACAAGAUGGGAUCAAUACGGCCUUGCGGUUAACGCGCAACAUGGGAAUGCGCAAGGUGCAGUUUGGCACGACUUCUGGGUAUGUUUAUCUAUCUUCUUGCGAAGUUAUCAGCUCAAUGAUUGAUUCAUAUUAUGGAUUCUUGACUAU